GUCUCCCUCUGAAAUGCUCCUACUUUCGCUAAACCUUCCUCUCCACAUCUGGUAUGCCUGAAGAUCAUGUCCUCGCAUUCAAGCCUUUUCCAUCUCUCUCCUGCAAUUUCCUGCAUUCUACCACGAUCUUGUUUGUCCUUCGAGUGUGUCUGGUCAUUGGGGGCUAAAGAUCACAAGCGACGAAACUCUCCCUUGAGAUGCUGCCCUAUAUCCAAUCCCGGGACUGGUCAAGAUGGGUUUCAACAUGAUGAUGAUCUGCCGGUCAUAAAGUGGCGUGAGGUUGUAGAGGAUCACACUGAUAGGGAAGCAGAUGAUCUCAAGGAACGCGUGGACUCCAUCAAAAAGAUGUUGUCGUCGAUGAAUGAUGGAGAAAUCAGCAUUUCAGCUUAUGACAAAGCCUGGGUUGCUCUUGUACAAGAUGUCAAUGGAAGUGGUCUUCCCCAGUUCCCAUCUACCCUUCGCUGGAUUGCCAACAAUCAGCUUCCCGAUGGUUCAUGGGGUGAUGGUGAAAUCUUCCUCGCUUAUGAUCGGAUACUCAACACUUUAGCCUGCGUUAUUGCCUUAAAAUCAUGGAAUAUUCUUCCUGAAAAGUACCAAAAAGGAAUUUCAUUUUUGAAUGAAAAUAUGUCAAAGCUUGAAUCCGAGAAUGAUGAGCACAUGCCAAUUGGCUUUGAAGUUGCUUUUCCUUCGCUUGUGGAAAUUGCUCGAAGUUUAAACAUUGAAGUACCUUACGAUUCUCCUGUCUUUCAAGAUAUAUAUGCAAAGAGAAAUGUAAAGCUCGAAAGGAUUCCAAGGGACAUCUUGCAUAAAGUGCCCACAACUCUGCUCCAUAGCUUGGAAGGGAUGCCAGACCUAGACUGGGAAAAGCUUCUUAAACUAAAGUGCCAAGAUGGGUCCUUCUUGUUCUCUCCUUCGUCCACUGCCUUUGCAGUCAUGCAGACCAAAGACCUAAAUUGUUUGAACUACUUAAAAAGGGUGGUCCAGAGGUUUAAUGGUGGAGUCCCCGCCGUGUAUCCAGUGGACUUGUUUGAACACAUUUGGGCAGUGGAUCGGCUGCAGAGGCUAGGAAUUUCCAGAUACUUUCAGCCAGAGAUCAAGGAAUGUAUAAAUUAUGUUUCCAGAUAUUGGACACAUAAAGGGAUAUGUUGGGCGAGAAAUUCAAAGGUUUAUGAUAUUGAUGACUCGGCCAUGGGAUUCAGGUUACUUAGGUUGCAUGGCCACGAGGUUUCCGCUGAUGUGUUCCAGCAUUUUGAGAAAGGUGGGGAGUUCUGCUGCAUUGGCGGGCAGUCUACACAGGCUGUGACAGGAAUGUUUAACCUGUAUAGGGCAUCUCAGGUGCUCUUUCCAGGAGAGAAGAUCCUUGAGGAUGCAAAGCAAUUCUCAUCCAAUUUCUUGAGAAAAAGACAAGCUGCUAAUCAGCUCUUUGACAAAUGGAUCAUUAUGAAGGACUUAUCUGGCGAGGUAGGGUACGCACUGCAAUUCCCAUGGUAUGCAAGCUUACCUCGCGUGGAGACAAGAUUCUACUUAGAACAGUAUGGAGGCCAAGAUGAUGUCUGGAUUGGCAAAACCCUUUACAGGAUGCUCUUUGUCAGUAAUAAAACCUAUCACGAACUGGCAAAAUUGGACUACAAUGAUUGCCAAGCAUUACAUCGGAUGGAAUUGGAUACUAUUCAAAAGUGGUACAAAGAAUGCAAUCUGGGAGAGUUUGGAUUAAGCAAAAGAGCUCUUCUGUUGGCUUAUUUUUUGGCAGCAGCCAGUAUUUAUGAACCGGAAAGGUCAAGGGAACGACUUGCUUGGGUUAAAACCACAGCCUUGGUCGAGACAAUCGCAUCUUAUUUUGAUAAGGAAGAAAUGAGGAGAGCCUUUCUAAAUGAAUUCGUGAAAAGCAACAAUCCACGAGACUACAUUAUCAGGAGAAAUUCGAAUACAAAGAAGAAUGGGGAGGCAAUCCUCGGGAUUUUGCUUGAAUUCCUAAAGCAUCUCUCAUUGGAGGCAAUAGUUGAUCAGGACGGACAAGAAAUCAUCCACCAUUUACGGCAAGCGUGGGAGAAGUGGCUGCUUGAGUGGUAUAGCGACGGCGAUAGGCACAAAGGAGAGGCAGAGCUACUCGCGCAUAUGAUAAAUGUCACUGCAGAUCAUUCAUUUUCAGAAGAGCUAUUGUCCCAUCCUCAAUAUAAGAGACUGUCCGGCCUCAUUAACAAAGUCUGCUACAAACUUAGCUCAUACCAAAAGGACAAGGUAGACAACAAUUGCAGCCACAAUAUUACUUUAUAUGCUAAUUAUUACGUCACAACCCCAGAAAUAGAAUCUGAGAUGCGAGAACUUGUGCAAUUGGUACUCCACAACUCCAAAGAUGACAUUCAUUCUGAUAUAAAGCAAACAUUUCUCGCAAUAGCAAAGAGUUUAUAUUAUGCAGCUUACUGUGAUCAUGAGACGAUCAACUUCCACAUUGCCAAAGUACUAUUUGAUAGAGUAGUUUGAGUCUUUUGUAUGUGUACAUUGAUUCUGUCAUUAUGUUGAGGAAGAGAAGAUUUUUGAUGAAAUCUUCAAAAGAAAGAAACUACUUUGAGUAGUGCUCAGUCACUACUUGUAUAUCUAUUAUAUGACAAUCAGUUUAAACUCUUACAAAACUUUGUAAACCGACAUGAUCUCUACACAAAAAAA